GGUGCAUAUCUGCCUCAGAGACAAAGGUUACAAAGAGAACAUGCAGAGGAGAGCACUGAUACUUGAACAGUGGAAAUUAUCAAAUACAAGAACUGCGGAUUGUCUUAAGAGCAAAGUUCCUCUGCAUCAUACUGUGGCUCGUGCUGUCAUCAGUGUCUCCAUGUCAUCACCGUGCCUCAGCAGCAUCUUGACUCAUGCCAACCGUACCAUGUAUCAGACUGGUAUCCCUGAUGUCCGGCCGCAGCAGCCCAGUGUGCUACCCAGCAUCAACACCCUGCAGAUCAGCAAUUCAGCAUUCAGCACUGCUCAGUGGUACAGGCAUAUUAACCCUUACUGCUGGACAGCAGACAACGUUCUGGAGUGGAUUAGCGACCACGUAGAGAGCACCAAGUUUGAUGCAAGCACCCUGAGUUUGGCCUACUGCGCCAUGGAUGGCCCUGCUCUCUGCCAAAUGAACCUGGAAGAAAUCAUCGUGGUCUUUGGCACCCAGCUUGGCCUACACCUCCACCAGAGUCUGGAGGAACACAAGACCAAAUUUGCUAACACCAUCAUGUUUCAUCUCAUCAUGUUAGAGCUGUCAGGACCAGAGCUGAGUGAAACCUGCCAGCUCCUGGACAACUUCCUGGACAACUUAAACUUCCCUUUGCUCAGCACCAUUAAAUUUGGCGAAGCAGAAGGAGCUGUCAACAAGAGAGAGUUUGAGUACAGGGAUGAUUGUAACUUCACUAGUCUUGCCAUGGCACCCAAGACACCUCUGGGAGACUCUGAGUACCUGUCUGACAGCGAGUACAGCUCCUCCUCCAACAGUGGCAUGUUUGACUCCUCAAGCUUUGACUCACUGGAGUCUGGCAGUGGCGAAUCAGACCCGGAGUUCUCCUACCCUCCUAUUUCAAAGGUACACAUCAAAAUAGAAAAAGGAGAGUCUCGACUAAAGCGACCACGUGGGCGACCUCCCAAGGUCAGCAGAGAGCAUACCAGCAGCAUUUAUGACAAUCAAAAAAAAAAAAAACACGCACCCCGAGGAACUCACUUAUGGGAAUUCAUAAGGGACAUUCUGAUCCACCCUGAGAGGAACCAGGGCCUGAUGAAGUGGGAGGACCAGCGUGAGGGUGUCUUUAAGUUCCUCAAGUCUGAGGCUGUGGCUCAGAUGUGGGGCCAGAAGAAGAAGAACAGCAGCAUGACGUACGAGAAACUCAGCCGUGCCAUGAGGUAUUACUAUAAGAGGGAGAUCUUGGAGCGAGUCGAUGGCCGUAGGCUCGUUUACAAAUUUGGAAAGAACUCCAGCGGCUGGAAGAUUGAAGAGAUUGGCAUGGGCAUAUGAGGCAUCCGUCAACAAAUAGGUGCAAACCAAAAAGCCAAUCAGAGCUGUAGUUAAGGAACUAGAAUCAUUUGUGUGGCUUGUCUGAGAAAAAAAAAAGAAAAACCUUUCUUCCCAUGAUGUUUAAGACACUAACUUCCUCUUAGAAGGAAGGUGUUGCAGAAAAUGUAAGCCAGUGUUUUUGGCUCUAGUAGGUUUUAUGAACCAAUAUUAAUGUUGUAUUGUUGUUUGUCACUGCAGAAAGUAUGUAUGCAGUAACUCAAAUGGACAUCGUUUUGGAUGCUUGUGAAUGUCUGUAAGCACAUAGAGGCUAAAAAAGCUAACUUUUGACUAUUGUACAGAAUUAACUGGUGUUUGUAUUUGAGUUUCAUUAGUGAUGCAGGACGACUUCAUCCUAAUCUGUCACUAUAUCAUUUGUUUGGGUAUAAGGGCAUUAAUGACUGUAUUGUGAUGCUGGAAAUGUUAUAGUCUUACUUUCAUAUAUUGCUGUUGUUAUUCUAAAAGGGUGAAACUUUCACCAUCAGUUUUCCAUGUUAACUUAAAAACAGUUGUGGAGCUGAAUGUAGAGACACAUCUGUAAAAGUAUUCUUCUGGUAAAUUCUAUGUUAUGGACAAAAACUGAAGAGAGAGAACAACAGUUAAAUAAUGAAUACUACUUCACAUUAAUACAGCAACAAUGUGCACUAAUGCUGGUGCAUGUUGUUUUCACUUAUUUUACAUUUUGUACACACAAUGUAAAGAGUAAAAAGUAGUUUCUGAGUAACUAUAUCACAAAUGUUAUAUGAUCUGUAAAAAAAAGUUUGUAUUAAUCAUUCAUAAAAUCAGUUCCAUACUGUU